GGAUCAUAUUUUGUCGAAAAAGCUUUAAUUGUCGUUUCAUAUUUUACACAUUUGAAGGAAAAGAAAAAUGGCGUCUAACCAACAAAGCUACAAAGCUGGUGAAACCAGAGGCAAAACUCAGGAGAAGACAGGACAAACUAUGGGAGCAAUGAGGGACAAGGCUGAGGAAGGCAAGAACAAGACUUCCCAGACGGCCCAAACGGCCCAACAAAAGGCACAUGAGACAACCCAGGCAGCUAAAGACAAGACUUCUCAAGCUGCCCAAACGACCCAACAAAAGUCUCAAGAGACGGCCCAGGCAGCGAAAGACAAGACAUCUCAAGCUGCCCAAACUACCCAGCAAAAGGCUCAUGAAACUACCCAAUCAGCAAAAGAGAAGACAUCUCAAACUGCCCAGACGGCUCAAGAAAAAGCCCGUGAGACGAAGGACAAGACCGGGAGCUACCUGUCGGAGACAGGUGAAGCCGUGAAGCAAAAGGCUCAAGACGCAGCUCAGUACACAAAGGAGACGGCGCAAAACGCGGCUCAGUACACGAAAGAGACGGCUGAAGCCGGUAGAGACAAGACCGGUGGGUUCUUGAGCCAGACAGGUGAGCAUGUGAAGCAGAUGGCUAUGGGUGCAGCUGAUGCGGUGAAGCACACUUUUGGAAUGGCUACGGAGGAAGAAGACAGGGAACAUUAUCCAGGAACAACGACUGGUACUACUCGGAGCACUGAUCAGACUCGUCAUACUUAUGAGAGGAAGUGAGAAUAACAAGAACAAUGAACGUGUACCUCUUUUCUUUUGUUUCAAUAAUGUCAUGCGUCUUUGUUUUGUAAUUUCUGUUGUGUCCUUGUGUUUGUGAUUCCGUUUUGUUUCUUUCGUUGUGACGGUGAUCCUGGAGACUUCUAAUUUCCAGCCAAUAAGUUUAUAUUCCAUCCUGUUACAACU